CCUUCCUCAUGACGGAAACCUGAGGCACGGGAAUUGUUACACUAAACAGAAAACCAUCGACGGUUUACCGGUUAGUUGGUCACAGAUAACCAACAUCUCGGACUUAAACCUCUUGUUUUUUGUUUUUUUUACUUUCUCCUUCCUUUCCAUUACUUUAAUCGUGUGGAGAAACAUCUCGCUGCGGACAGGUGGAGCCUACUGCCGAAGGAGACGUUGGCCGGCCGGUUGAGUGGUUGCGAAGCUGCCGCAGGCUGAAAAUGUUGUGAAGCCAUGACCGCUCCGUACAGAGAUGUGGAUAGUGUUCAUUUUUCUGAACCUGGGGGUUCUUCAUCGCACAGUCUCCUCCUCUCCUCCCAGCCCCAUCAACGUCAACUUCUCCUCAGUGAAUCUCAUGAAUCUAGUGCAGUGGUCACCAGGAAAUGGCACACCGGUAGACACACACUUUACAGUGCAGUAUGCCAUCUACGGGCAUAGCGUGAAAGGAAGUAAAGGAAAACGGGUGCACUGGAGAGCGGUGCACCAGUGUACUGAUAUAGUGCGGAGAUGGUGCGAUCUGAGCAGUGAGACGUCGGAUCAGGAGCAGGGAUACUACGCCAGAGUUCGUGCUGUGGGCAGGAAAGGAUCUUCCAAAUGGACCUUGACAGAGAGGAGAUUCGAUCCAAAGACGGACACUAGUUUUGGUCCGCCGCUGGUUACUGUGGAAGUAGAGAACUGUAAUGCCAUCAUCACUCUGAAGGGACCUGUGAGAUAUCAGCCUAACAACCACACCCCAGUCAUUCCCAUGGCAGCAUUAUACCCCCAAAUGACUUACAGCCUCUUCAUCCACAAUUCCCGUCGUGACCAGACGCAUCAUUUCCCAGUGGUCUCUAGUCCAUACAAGUAUCAGCGGAUGGAGCAUGAAACAGAGUACUGCUUCCGUGCUGAGGCAAGUUUGGUCUCCAUGCCCAUCCUAUGCCAAUCCUCCGCAUGGCACUGCAUAACCACACCUAAAGACCCCGUGACUGAGCAGCUGCAGUGGACGGUUUGGGGUAUUGUUGUUCCAUCUUUGUGCAUAUGUGUGCUCGUGGUGGUUGGCUACUUUCUCCGUAACUACCUGAUGGGGAAAGGACAGGAGAGCCCACAUACACUGAAACAACCUUCUUUUCACCUUACUCCUCUGACUUUCCCUCCUGAGAAGCUCAACCUCAUCCUCAUCAGUGUCAUCGAAAACAAGUCACCAUCAGGCAUUGGCACCGCCAUAUCAGACCCUGCCAGCCCCAAGAAACACAUCACAUGUCCCCCUCCAAGAUACUCCCCCCAGAGGCCUGAAACACCCACAGAGCCUGAUGAUUUGUCCCUUGACUACGGGCUUGUUGGGAUAGCGCCUAAAAUCAAUGAUGGAGGAGAAGAGGAAGUGAGAGAGAGGAGGCAUGACAGAGGAGAAGAUUGGAAUAACCUGAACGGUAAAGGCCAGAAAUGCAAAGCAGAAAACAAUUAUGAGAAGAAAAAAUUAAUAGUUGAGGUUGGUCACCCUGCUGGAGUUGACUCUCCUGAGGCAAGGCCCUACCUCUCGCAGAAGUCAACCCACACAUGCAUGCAAACACACAUGCCGAUACACUCACAGGCACAUGCGCAGACAGAGGUGAGCACACUUGUACAGGCGCAGGCGUGGGCAUCAGUUUUGGUGAACCAAAUUAAGGGAUCGUUACUUUCUUUUCAGGGAGCGACGAAGGGAGAGGUGAGUGGAGAGGUGAGCGGAGAGGAGGACAGAGAGUGCCCAGGUUUAUUUCUUACCAAAAAACCCCAAACUGACAUCUGUGUUCCUUUAACAAAUCUACAAACAAAUGAGAAGGUAGGAAUGGGGGAGAGGGAUGGAAAAGUCAGAGUAAGAAGGGAUGGAAAGAUAGAUGGAACUGUAGAGGAAGGAAGUGAGAGUGAGAAAGUAGCCCUCAUGUCUGCUUAUGCCUCCCAGAACAUCAACAACAUCCCCAACUCCCACAAAGACCAAUCAGUUUUGUUACCAAAUGACUAUAGUGUUGUCCUGAGUCUAGCUACAGCAAAUGGUAUAGAAGAUGAUGAAGAUGAGGACGACGGAAGUAUUUGUAUUAAUUGGGAUCCUGAAACAAAGAAACUACUGCUGCCAGAGAUGGCGAUGAAGUUCAACAAGGAGGGAGCCUUGGGUGGGUUGAAGCAGGGACAGGAAGGGAGUAAAGACAAGAUGGGAGGAGAGGAGGAGAAAGUGAAUGCCCUGAAGAGCGAGUUGAAGUUGGAAAAUGUAUUUGUCAGACAGGGGUGUGAGGAGGAGGCGGAGGCACUUAGAGAGAUGGAGACAGGGGGAGAAACAGGGUCGGAGACGGAUGAUACUUUGACCAAAUGGGAUUUGGUGAUUUCACUGGACCAAUAGAUGAUAUUCAUCAACACAUUUACCCCAAUAUUAUAAAACAAUGCUCUUCUUCCUCACUUAUCCACUUGAAUUUAAUAUCAUGAAAGAUAUAAAAUUCAUUAAGAAUAAAAAUCAUUAAAAAUAUGAUUAUAUUAUACUAUGGUGGGGGUAUAUUUUAAAUACCCCCAAUAAUUUAUAAUAUCAAAUUCUUAGGAGCACUUAGUACUUUAGUAGGAUUACUUUUAUAUCUCUGAAUGUUGCUGCUUUAUUAUCACAAAUCACACUAAUCAUUAUGAAGUAAUCACACUCAAUUUUUGGGAAACUAUUAUUUGUAUUCUUAUUUGUAUAAUUAAUAAUAUAUUACUAUUUUGUAUUUGUAUUCUUCUGUGUUUUAAAUUUUGUGCAACAUAAACACGUUCACCCAUGGUCACGAAACUUCAGAGCACUAAUGGACUGUUCUGGACCAGGGACAUGGUCUGAUACAUGGUUCUCCAAAACCAGCAUCCAUACACUUUUGACAGUAUUCCUCAUUUUCUCAGUAGCAUCAGUUCUGUGCUGAUUCACAAUCACAGAAUCGUAUGAAGGAAAUUCUGAUGGUCAGAGACAAAGUAAGUUUUUCUUUAUGUUUACUAUGUUGAUUCAGUAUAUGAUGAAGACAGAACUAUAUCACUUUCCUCUUUAUUUGUUUAUCUCUCUUGAAUUAAUAAGGAAGCUACCUGGCCAACAGUAUGUGUCAAACUUCUCUCAAUCAGUCAAUGUUAUUUUAUUGCAUUAUCUUUUGUUCCUACUCUGAACUUUGCGAACAUAUUCCUGUUCAGAAGUGUGCCAGGAUAUUUGAUGCUGCCUCACCUACAAUUUAUCAGAAUUCAUUAUUUGCUACUAUCACCUCUGAAUACCAUCAAGAAUAUUAAGUGAUUAACACAGUAAAUACUGUCACUUCAGCUUGGUACCUCUGUUAUUCAGAAGAAUGCCACACAAAUAAUGUUUCACCAUGUAACAAAGAAAGAAAUAGUUAUGGUCUCUUGUUAAUUUUGUUCCUCUUUCUACAUCUUUGUUCGUAGUUCUGCCUACAUGACUGCAUGUCAACUCAAAAUGAUGUGUGAAGGAUUCUGUAAACAUACAUGCUGUAUUUUAACACUGUCCAGUUAUCAGCAUUGUGCUGUCUCAUAGUCUCAUAUGGAAACUACUGUAAAAUCUGAUGCCACGCAUGCCGUUGUAUUUUGUUAAAAUGGUCUUACUAUGGGAAAUAAAUCAGUAAUAUGUUUGUCAUAAUUUUGUAUGUCACAAGACAGAAUAAAGUCAACUUGUUUAAUCUAU